AUGCGUGUGUGCUUCACAACUCUCCCUCUCGUAGUGUUCUCUAUGAUAGCGUUUCUCGUCUCACCUUGUUCAGCUGAUGAGGAUUUGAUGGAGACAUUUAAGAAUAUCGAUGUUUUCAAGCUUAGAUCAUCAGCUGGUGCAUGCCCGUUGUUGGUUGUCGGCCAGGUUUGUCCCCAGGAAAACCCGCUCUAUUAUUUCAAAUGCUGCGGUGAUUUGAACGCGUCGUGUUGUUUCCGACUACAGGAUUGGGUGCUGGUACUGCUGCUCGUUCUGGCGAUCUCGAUCGUGCUCAGCAUUAUUGUCAAUUUCAUCCGAUGUUUGUGUUGUUACUAA